CCAGCAACCCGGGUCUGACGUCACCCGUCCCGGUGCGACCCUUGCUGCUGAGUCUUUGAUUGGAGGGAAACCCCGUGGAUGAGCGGGAGCAGAUCAUCAGCUGUGCUGCCGGGAGGAAUCAGGAACAACAUCGUCUCUUAACGACAAACUCAGCAGCCCACACAGGAGCCAUGACAGACAAGGAGGAGCAGGUACAGAAGGCCAAACUGGCCGAGCAGGCUGAACGCUAUGACGACAUGGCCGCAGCCAUGAAGGCUGUCACAGAGGAGGACGUAGAGCUCUCCCACGAGGAGCGCAACCUGCUCUCUGUCGCCUACAAGAAUGUGGUGGGGGCUAGGAGGUCCUCAUGGAGGGUGGUGUCCAGCAUGGAGCACAAGCCUGAUGACAGCGGGAAGAUCGCACUGGCCAAGGAGUACAGAGCGACAAUCGAGAAGGAGCUGAACGACAUCUGCAAGGAAGUACUGGAGCUGCUCGACAAACAUCUGAUCCCUAAUGCUUCGGCUGAGGACAGCAAAGUCUUCUACCUGAAGAUGAAGGGAGACUACUACCGCUACCUGGCUGAGGUGGCCAAUGAAGAAAACAAGACUAGCACCAUCAGUAAUUCACAAGAAGCCUACCAGGAAGCCUUGAACAUCAGCAAACAACAGAUGGAGCCUACACAUCCCAUCCGCUUAGGGCUUGCUCUUAACUUCUCUGUCUUCUACUACGAGAUCGUCAACUCGCCCGAGAAAGCCUGCAAUCUGGCCAAGACGGCCUUCGAUGAGGCCAUUGCCAAACUGGACAAUUUCCAGAACGACUCCUACAAAGACAGCACCUUGAUCAUGCAGCUGCUCCGUGACAAUCUGACACUGUGGAUGGCAGACUCCCAGGCUGAAGGCGACUGCGAGGGAGAGGAGACGGAGCAGCAGCCGGAUAAGGACAAGGAGAAGGAGCAGGAGAAGGAGCAGGAGAAGGAGAAGGAGAAGGAAAAGGAGACGGAGACGGCAACUGAGAAGAAAUGAACACCAGAAAAAAAAAAAAAAAGAAAAACACACAUUUUUUACCUCUCACCAGCCUAAGUUGUGUGUGUGGUUGUGUGUGCACAUACAUGCACAGAUAUGUAUGUUUACACUCCACUCACAAUGUGUAAAGUACAGUAUGUGUGUGCAGAUACAUUCAAGUGUGUGUGUUAAUUGUAUGAGCACCUCCACAGAGAAAAGAAUGGAAUAGAUCUGUUAUUUUUGUUUCUUUUCAACAUUACUCAUUGUGUCAACCCGUGGAUGUUUAUAUUUUUCGUUUUGUUUUUUGUUCAUGGUUCAAUCCAGAUGAAAUCCCUCCUUUUAGAUCCAAAUCAGCCCCAUGUUCUUUAACCUUAUUCACUGUAGCAAACGGCUGCUGUUGCAGGAAAACACAAACAAAAAAAACCUCUAACUGUAAUUUUGAUAAUUUGUAUGUUUUUACUUGAACUCAACAUUUACAAUCUUUGUGACACUUGGGUCUACAAAAUCCUUUGAAGCAUGUAAACUGUUAAAAAAAACAACAAAAACAAUGGUCACAGCGGUCUGAAUUCACUAAAUUUUAGGUCUCAUCUGACAAUAGCAGUGAUCAUACAGAUGGCAGAAUUUACCUGGGUAAAGAUCUAUUACCAUAUUGCUUGUAUCCAUCCCGCCCUGUCAGUGUCCAGUGUAGCAGGUAGUGUUUUUAUGGAUGGUACAUGUGUCAUGGCUCAGUGGGUUCUAUGUGCAUUUGGAUGUCGGAAAGGGUUUUCUGUAUGAAUGGCCACUAUGGUUAAACUUUGGUUGACCGUUUGGUUGAGAGGGUUACAUUCCAUUUUACUGACAUUUUUUCACUCUCAGUGAAAUGUGUAGACUAUAAUUUCCUGCAGUUUUCCAUAACACAUGACAAGGUAUAGACAGCCUAAGAUAUAAAGUGAACAACUUGACAAAAUGGCUUGAUACUGUAACUUUUGAUAUUUUAUCUCUUCAGCAGUGCAGAGGAUACUUUUGCCAUGUGCAUUUAUGUGGCUUUCUACUCUUUUCUAUUCAGGUGUUUUUUGUAUUUUCUUUUUGUGUAUUUUCCCUUCGACUCCUGAUUUGACUCCUGGAAUGUAUGUGGUUCUCAGUAGUAUGGUGUGAGGGUUAGCCGUGCUUUGAAACUGGCAGUUUAUCGCUUAGGAUUUAGCUCGAACCAGGUGGUUUACAGUAACAUUUACCUUCCUUGAAAAAGUACAUUGUGAAAAGACAAACUAAAACAAUGCUAAAUGUAAACUGAUCAUUAAAAUAACUUGUUAGAAAGCUGCGUUAUGACCAUUUAGUAGUCACACAGUAGUGCCAGUUUCUUCCUAUUACAGUAUCUUGGUUUUAAAAAGAUGGGAUGCAGGAUUCAGAAUUCAAGUUACACUCAGAGUACGUUAUUUGGUUAUGUGCUUUCAUGUAAGUGGAAUUAAAACAUUAAAAUCAAGUGUGCUGUG